AAAAAAUGUCCUCCAAACCUUUCGAAUUAUUUGGUCUCUUGUGUAUUCUAUUCUUCCAGUGCAUGUUGUGGAGUGUAACACUUGCAGCAUCGAAUGUUGAUGGUUUACAGUUGCAGUUAGACGAAAGUAAUUACUUGACAAAAUCAUUAGACGAAACCUUUCGUAUGAAUGGAGGGAUUUUGAGAGGAGAAGAAAAUUUGAAAAGAUUGGGAAUGAAGGCUUUGGAUGAUAUUUACCAAAAGAAUAUGUUUACUCUAUCAUCUUUGCAAAAUAUUAGAAAUAUCAACGAAAUUAGAAGAAAUUAUUUACACUAUUCGAAUCCGUUCAUUCACAAUAACAAGGAAAGGAAUGUGGAUCAUUCCAGUUUGGGUGAUUAUAAUUUCCACAUUCUUUUUAAAUGUAGAAACGUUGAGAAACCAAUUCUGCUGAGAAAUUCAAUGGACGAAAGUUUAUUGGAAAGCGGAAAGGUUUCGCAUUUGGCAAUGAACACAUUUUCCAUGAGAGCUAGCUUGGAGAAUGUUAAAGAUUUACUUUCUAAUGACAAUAUCGAAUGGAUAGGUCAAAUUGAUCCAAUUUUCAAGUUUCACAUUGGCGAAUUUCAAGAUCAAGAAUUAUUAGAAACUCAAUCCCAAGAAAGUUCAGAAUCUACAAAAUCCCAACAAGAAACUCCAAUACAAUUCAUUUCCAUGACCAUUCUCCUUGAAAUGAAUCAAGAAAUUGAAACAGUGAGUGAACAAUUGAGACAUUUCACUCAAUCCAUUAACAAUGGUCAAUUGAUAAUUUCCAAAUUAGUCGAACAUUCUGAGAGUAUUGCCAUAACUGUGAGGAAAGACCAUGCUCUUGCUAUUGCUUAUGAAAUUGGAAAGUUAUCUUCAGUUAUUUGGAUUGAACCAAUGCAUGCCAAUUAUGAAAUGAACAAGUAUUCAAAGAGAAUUAUUAAUUAUGGAUCGGAUGCAGUUCCAGAACAGGGGAAAUCAUAUUUUAAUGGAUUAACUGGGAAAGAUGAAGUGAUUACUGUUGUGGAUGGAACGUUUGACACAUUAUCUUGUUUCUUUUAUGAUCCUAAUGAGAAGGUUGAGCAAAUUAGAACUCUGAAUGAGUCAAAUAUUAAUCUUUCGUCCAAUCAUCGAAAAGUCAAAAUGCAUUUUGGUUUAAUCGAUCUCAAUUCGAAUGAUUAUGAUCAUGGAACUCAUGUUGCUGCAACUGUUGCUGGAUAUUCCUCAAUUCCAGAACUGUACGAUUAUCGUGGAAUUGCCUCAGAGGCCAAGUUGGCACUCGUUCAAUUGGGAUGUGCCAAACCAGGUGGAUGCACAUGUGAUUCCAUUCCAGGAUGUGCCUGUAAGAGUUAUGCCAACUCAACUUGUCCACAGAGGAGAGGUGCCACCUAUCAACCAUUGGAGCCACACAAGAGUGUUCACAUAUUCACAUAUGAAAUGAUGAAUAGUAGAAUUCAGACCAAUAGUUGGGGAGGAGGAACUUCUUACAAUCUCUAUGCCAUGUACACUGAUCGAUAUAUUUGGCAACACAAGGAUUUGAUAGUUCUCUUCUCAGCUGGAAAUUCAGGAAAUGAUGGAUUCAAGUCAAUUGGAGCUCAAGCUCAAACAAAGAAUGGAUUGGCAGUUGGAGCAAGUCAUAAUUCAUUCCAGGCCAGAAGAGAACACGAAUUAAUGUUCAAACAACCACCUGCUUUGGAUGAUAUUAGGAAGGAAAUUUUGGCAUCUCUCAAUUGUAGUGUUGCCGUGGAGGAGUGUGCAUUCUUCAUGACUGAUUUCAAUGUUUGUUCAACGGAUGGUUUCUGUGCCAGAUCGAAUAUUAGUUAUGCAACUGGAAAUUGUGGAUGUGCUGCUGGUGCUAGUGGAGACAGGUUUUGUGGAAAGUGUGUCUUUGAUUCACUCAAUACAAAAGGUCUACAAAUUGAUUCGAUGGCAACAUUUUCCAGUAGAGGACCAACACCAGAUUUGAGAAUUAAACCUGACGUGAAUGCUCCUGGAGCUGACGUUUUGAGUGCCAGAUCAUACAGCAGUACAAAAUAUUCACCUCGAUUGACUUGUUCAGAUACUUACAAAUCGCCAGUUGAUGCCAUCAGAGCAACUCGUGGAACAAGGUUAGUUUAA